AAAAAAAAAAACACUCGCUCCCCCAUUCUUUCCUCUCUCUUUUUCGUUCUUUCUACUGUUCUCACUUAGCCUCCAUUUAAAACAACGAGCAAUCCUCAUAUGUGUAUAUAUAUGGACUUGGAAGACGACUCCUCCGUCUCCUCCUCCUCCAAUGACCUCUCCCCCAGGCAUCCAGACGUGCCAAUACCUCCCCCCUACUCCCCUACCUCCACUCCUGCGCCUUCACCGUCUUCCACGAUGCUCAAGCGCCGGGCUGGCAGGAAGAAGUUCAAGGAGACGCGGCACCCGGUGUAUCGUGGGGUGCGGAGGCGCAGCAACGGUGGCAAGUGGGUGUGCGAGGUGCGGGAGCCCCACAGUAAGAGCCGCUUAUGGCUCGGCAGCUUCGCUACCCCGGAGAUGGCUGCCAGGGCCCACGAUGUCGCUGCGAUCGCCCUCCAUGGCGAAUCGGCCAAACUCAACUUCCCCGACUCCACACACGCCCUGCCUCGAGCAAGCACAACGUCACCGGACGACAUCCGGUGUGCAGCCGUAGUGGCGGCUGAGAAGUGCCGGCCGGACUCCUCCCCCAUGUCUUUGCCACCACCAAAAACCAACGUAACAUUAUUGACUGAGAAGAAAGAGGAGAAAGCAGCCGACGCGGCGUCAGAGGUUUUUGUUGACGAGGAGGCGCUGUUCAACAUGCCCGGAUUGGUGGACAGCAUGGCGGAGGGAUUGCUUUUGACACCGCCAGCAAUGCAGAAAGGGUUCGACUGGGAUGGCGCCGAGUGCCAUGUGGACCUGUCCCUUUGGGGUGACUGAGUUUGUUUCCCCUUCUGCUUUCAUUACAUAGCUCUCGCUUACAGAGGUUCCAUGUAGCAGCAUCACAGAACACAUCAUAAUCUGUGUUAAACAUAUUGGAUUAUUAUGUUACUGUACUAGUCCAAAUAUGAUUGGUAUUUUCUUAUUAAUUUUGAUACACUUUCCUUAUUAGCCAUAUUGUUAGGCUAUGUAUUGAUAUACAUACUGUUGUAACAUAGCAUAUACAAUAUAUAGAGAUUUCAUCUUCUUCCCUUGUUUAA